UGAUUAGUCAAUGAUGUAAUAGAUUUGGCUGUUUCCGGGGAAAACAUUGACAAGCGAAACUUCUAAAUGCAUUUAACGUCAUUUGCAAAGUUCUCCCUCAUAAAACUCUUCGGUUUACAUAAUUUUACUUAAAUUACCAUCGCGCAUUGCAAAAUUCUUUGCUUAUCCUGCUUAGUUGCGACAUGUAAAUUAAGAGUAAACUAAUUAAACGACUUGUUCAACGUGCAGACAAUAAUUAAUUUUGUGUAACUUAUAAAUUUUUUGUUGUUGAUCACAAGAAAAUAAAUUGAAAUUGUGAGUGAAAGGAAAGAAAAGAAAAAGAGAGAAAAAUGUUUUUGAUUAAAAAAGUCACCGCAAGAAAUCUGCCAUUAACAAGAUUACGAUUCAUCUCGUCAGUGGUUCCAGACUUUCGAUAUCCCGAUUUCAAAGUCGAAAAUGAACCAAUUCUUGGAUAUAAAAAGGGAUCAGCAGAGAGAGAACAACUUAUUGAAGCUUUGGAGAAAGCAAGCAACACAAUUGAAGAUAUUCCCAUUGUUAUUGGUGGUGAAGAGUUCAGGACAUCGGAAGUUCGUCAUCAAGUUAUGCCACAUGAUCACCAACAUAAAAUUGCUCAGUUUUAUUAUGCCGAUAACAAGUUGAUUCAAAAAGCUAUCAAUAAAUCUGUGGAAGUGCAAGCAAAAUGGGAUCGCACACCAAUGGGUGAACGUCUUGAAAUUUGGAAUCGCGCAGCUGAUUUAAUGGCUGGAAAAUAUCGACAAAAGCUCAACGCAGCUACAAUGUUGGGUCAAUCAAAGACAACUAUUCAAGCUGAAAUUGAUUCAGCUUGUGAACUUAUCGACUUUAUUCGAUUCAAUGCUUUCUUUUUGAAAGAAAAUUCCAAAUAUCAGCCAAUAAGUGAGAAUCCUUGCGUGACUAAGAAUUCAGUUCGAUUCCGUGGAUUUGAUGGCUUCUUUGCUGCAGUCAGUCCUUUCAACUUCACAGCUAUCGGUGGAAAUUUAAGCUAUACACCGGCAUUAAUGGGUAAUUCGGUGUUGUGGAAACCAUCAGACACUGCUGUCUUAUCUAAUUGGGUUGUUUACCAAAUUAUGCGCGAAGCUGGCGUUCCUGAAGGUGUUGUGAACUUUCUUCCUUCUGACGGUCCCGUUUUUGGUGACGCAAUAACAUCAUCGCCAUACUUGAGUGGAAUUAAUUUCACUGGUUCGGUUCCAACUUUCAAUCGUUUAUGGCAACAAGUUGGACAGAACAUCAACAAUUACAUAAACUACCCGAAACUCAUCGGUGAAUGUGGUGGUAAAAAUUAUCACUUUGUUCAUCCAUCAGCUGAUCCACAGUCUGUCAUCACUUCAACAAUUCGUUCUGCAUUUGAGUACUGUGGUCAGAAAUGUUCGGCUUGUUCUCGUGCAUAUAUUCCUGAAUCAUUAUGGACUGAAAUUCGUGACGGUAUGAUUAAGGAGCAAGGAAAGCUUAAGGUUGGUGAUGUCACAGAUUUCUCGACUUUCAUGGGUGCUGUCAUUGAUGAACGCGCUUUCAAUCGCAUUAAAUCUUACAUCGAUCAUGCGCGAAGCUCUGAUAAACUUGACAUUAUCGUUGGUGGAAAAUACGACAACAGCAAAGGAUUUUUCAUUCAGCCAACAAUUGUUAAGACAACAGAUCCAAAGGACAAGAUUAUGGUCGAAGAAAUCUUUGGCCCAGUGUUGAGCAUUUACGUUUAUCCUGAUAGGGAACUCGAUGCGACAAUGGAACUCGUUGGAAGUUCAACACAAUUCGCUUUGACUGGUGCUGUUUUUGCAAAUGAUGAAGCAUUCUUGCGACGUGCAUUUGAAGAGUUUAAGAUGACUGCUGGUAAUUUCUACAUCAAUGAUAAGAGCACAGGGUCAGUUGUUGGCCAACAACCGUUUGGUGGUGGACGAAUGUCUGGAACAAAUGAUAAAGCUGGCGGUCCUUACUACACCACUCGGUUCACGACGAUUCAGGCGAUAAAGGAAACUUUUGUGCCAUUGCGUGAUGUUGAUUAUCCAUACAUGAGAGAAUAAUUAAACACUUUUGGGUAUGAAGAGUAAUUAUGAAUGUUAAUUACUCACACACACACACACACACACACACACACACACACACAAACAUCUCACAAAUAUUAUCAGAACAAAAUGAAAAAAAAAUUAAACUUUAUGUACUUAAAAGCCAGGAUUGUAUUUGGCCACUCAAUGGCUUAUUUAUUGUCACAUACGAGACUAUUAUCUACUUAAAUGAAAAAUCAGUAUCCUUAAAUUUUUGGAAAGCCAAAAAAAAAUAUUUUGAGUUCCUUUAAAAAAAAGAAAAACUUUUGAGAAAAUUUUCUUUGAUUAUUUUAAUGACAAAAGUAUUAAAAGCAAAAGUCAAAAAAUGUACUUAUUGAAGCAUUAAAAUUUUAUUUAAAAAAGGAAGAACAAAUUAAGUUCCUUGUUCGUCAGAAUGCUGAUUAGCAAGCGACUGUAACCACGUUUCAAAUAAUGUUGAAACGUCGACACUUGCACAUUCAGCUAAAUAAUUUAUUAUUGUGUUUCUUAUAAAGAUUGAUUUCAAUUGGCUGUGGCGAUUUCAAGGUGUUGUUUGAUAAGCAAAAAAAAACUGAAAGAUUAACUAUAUUUAGACGCAUUUUGAUUUUAUUUUGCCUGAAACUCAUGUCUUCAGUUUCUCAAAAUUUUCUUAAAUGUCACAUUAAAUAGUUUGCGCAAAACGAUUCCGAAUUUAGACGAUGCGUAGAGAAGUCAUUAGUGAUGACUUUGAUUGAAUGUAUCAUAAAACAAAAAUAUUAAUGAAAAAGAAAAAAAAAUCAUUGUGAAUGGAAUCCCCAAAGCGAACACAGUAACGGAAGAAGAAACAAAAAAAAAAAACUCUGAUUGUCAAUAAAAACUUGAAUGUAAACAAGAUUUUUGUGUUUGCGUAAUAACCAAAAUAAUAAAAGGAAAAAAAGUUGAUCUUAGAGCUCAUCUUUAAGUAAAAAUAUUUUACUUUGUUUUGCU